AUGAUCAGAAGAUGGUUGACGAUAAGUAAAUCAGGGAAGAAGAAAAAAGCAGCCAGUGAUACCAUUACAGAAGAAGUAGAGAAAACUGAUUUUGAAGCUGUAAGUCAUGAUAUAACUGACGAAUUUUGUAAUAGCGAAUCCUCUGACAAUCCCUCCAGUUCAUUAUUGGUCUCUAAUUUGGACACCAAAGAAUCCUUUCUGAAUGAAUGCAAUAACUUACAGGCUUCUUCUGGAAAAGAAUGUGAUUCUGAAACGUGUAACCAAGACAGCGUGAGUCACAGUCAGGAUGAGACAUCUAACGUGUUGAUGAUGAAACCUAUAAGCACGUAUGGAAGUAUUAUGCAAGCACCUGAUUCGCCUAUACUAGCUACAAAGGUUUCCGACUUAAUGCCAUAUGGAGACGGAUCCAAUAAGGUUUUCGGGUAUGAAAAUUUCGGUAAUACAUGCUACUGUAAUUCUGUCCUUCAGUGUCUUUAUAAUCUGUCCCCAUUACGUGAAAAUAUUCUACAGUUUCCAGAAAAGCCAAUAGAAUCUGGUCACCCAAGAAAGAAUGAAAUGAGAGGCAAUAGACCAAGAAUAUUUACCGAAGCAAGCUUUGAAAGGAGCAGUACUAUUACCAAUGGACAUGUGCCCAAUUCUAAAUCUCAGUCUACCGAUGACGGAAAACCGGCUAUUAUUAAUUCUGUAACUUCAAAUACAACUGGGCUUUCAGAAAAAAAGAGUAAAUUUUUCAAAAGUUUUAGUGCGAAACAUGCACAAGAUAACAAUAAAAAAGAAGGAAGUCCAGUUGUAUUGAGUAUCCCCAAACCCCCUUCUAGUUCACAAGACGCUCCUCCUUUGGUGGUAAAAACACCCAACGAGCCUGGUGCUCCGAGCAGAUUGAGUUCCGAGGACGUCACAGAGAGACCUCUGGAUGUACCUCGUAAAAUUAUUGUUGGCAGAGCUAUUACUUGUGAAAAUCCUUCAAGAGGUAGUAGUAAUAGCAAUACUUUGGAUUUAAGAGGAGAAAGUACCAGCAGCUUAUUUUUCCCUCUAGAUAAAAGAGAUACUAGAAGAUCAAGUUCAUCUUCGCAAAUAUCUCCAGAACAUAGAAAGAAAUCCGCUCUUAUUCGUGGACCAGUAAUCAAUAUUGAUCAUAACUUAAACGGAUUGGAUAAUGCUACACUUUAUUCCAGUUUGAGGGAUAUCUUUGAAUGCAUAACUGAGAAUACGUAUUUGACUGGUGUUGUAUCACCUAGUUCAUUUGUUGACGUUCUCAAGAAAGAAAACGUUUUAUUUAAUACCACUAUGCAUCAAGAUGCUCAUGAGUUUUUCAAUUUCCUUCUGAAUGAGCUGAGUGAAUAUAUAGAACAUGAAAAUCAAAAAAAAGCUACCAGUAAAAUUAAAAACAACGGCUUUCUGAAUACAAGCACAAAUUUCAUCAAUGACUUAUUCAAAGGUACUUUAACAAAUCAAAUAAAAUGUCUUACGUGCGACAACGUUACUUCCAGAGAUGAACCAUUUUUAGAUUUCCCCAUCGAAGUUAAGGGAGAAGAGGAAACAGACAUACAAGCAAUUUUGAAGAGCUAUCAUCAGCGAGAAAUGUUGAAUGGCUCAAACAAGUUCUACUGUGACGAAUGUUGUGGCUUACAGGAAGCAGAGAGACUAGUGGGUUUGAAACAGUUGCCUGAUACUUUGACAUUACAUUUGAAAAGAUUCAAGUAUUCUGAGAAACAAAACUGUAAUAUUAAACUUUUUAAUAACAUUCACUAUCCCUUGACGCUAAAUGUUUGUUCUUCAAUAAAUUCUGAAGUUUGUCAGAAGUAUGAACUGGCUGGGAUUGUCGUUCACAUGGGCGGCGGGCCACAGCACGGCCACUAUGUUUCUCUAUGCAAACAUCAAAAGUUCGGCUGGUUGCUCUUUGAUGACGAAACGGUAGAAGCAGUCAAAGAGGAAACGGUGCUGGAAUUUACUGGUGAAUCUGCAAAUAUGGCCACAGCGUAUGUUUUGUUCUAUAAAGCAGUGUGCUCAAAUGUUAAUGAAAAUGAUCGUCAGAAGAUGGUAAAACAACAAGAGGAAAAUAUCGACAACCUAAUCAAAUACGAUGAUUGGCUAAGAACAAGUAAUAGCACUAUAAAGAAAAAAGAGGAGGAAUCAGCCACAGAAGAUGUGGAUACUGCUAUAGACGACAGCUUUGUUUCUAACACACCCACUAAGCCUAAAAAAAAAUCAAGAAUGUUUAGUUUUAGGAAAAGCUGA